CGAAGGAUAAGAAAAACAAAAUUCAUGUCUUCCCUCACAAUCAAGCAAAUUUGUAAAAUUAACAAGUUCUUUGGUAACAUCAAUAAAAAGAAUAUACUAACCAUCAUGAAAGGCAGCAAGUAAUCCGUAAAUUUGGAAACAUCUGCCAUAUAACGCCAUGGACAUGCUUAUAAUCUGUAAUAACCCUUCAUGACUGUCUAAGGUUAGACAUGAGGUGCUGGAACAUCGUGGUGAAGGUGGUGCCGCCCGGGGAGCCGUGCCCGUGGUGCGGCAGCUGCGAGCCGCACGACAGCUGCCCCGAGAAGCAGCGCGCGCUCGAGGUGGCGGCGGCCAAGGCGGCGGGCCUGCCCGUGCCGCCCGUGCAGCAGCCGUGCAAGCAGGAGGGCGAGUGCGACCGCGAGCGCAACAAAUACAACAUCUUCCAGUUCGAGCGGUGA